UUCAAGAAUUUUUGUCAAUGGACAAGUCAUACGAAGCCCUUCCAUUUUAGGGCUGGUUGACGUCACCAAGGAGGCGAUAAAUAUCUGUUGAUAUAAUUGGAUGUGAGAUCCAGUGUUGAGAUAGCAAAAAUUCUGCCCCUGGCUCCCUGGCAGGGCCCUAUGAUUUAUGCAGGAGCAGAGGCAGCACGCAAUCGAGCUGUCAAGAGAACGUCAGCUUAUUAGGCAAAUGCUGCGUGGUUUCUGAAGAGGGUCGACGCUAUAAAAUCCCACUCCAGUCUCUGGUGUGGAGAAACUCGGAGCUCAAGUCCGUGGAGAGACUGAAGAGAAAGAGAAGAGGGAAAGAAAAAGAGAGUGGGGACAGAAAGGAGAAGGAAAGAAAAACCCUGAAAAAGCCCCGGAGACGUUCCUCUGCAGAGAGGCGGCAGCGCUCGGCUCACCUGCAGAAGCGCCUCAGAAGCUCGCGCCCCUAACAUGAGACUGCCACUGCUCGUGUCCGCGGGAGUCCUGCUGGUGGCUCUCCUGCCCUGCCCGCCAUGCAGGGCCCUCCUCAACCGGGGGCCCGUCCCGGGCGCCCGGCAGGCCCCACAGCUUCCCCAGCCCCUGGAGUUCUUCCAGCCGCCGCCGCAGCCCCAGCAGCCCCAGCAGCCGCAGGCUCGGCCGGUCCUGCUCCGCAUGGGGGAGGAAUACUUCCUCCGCCUGGGUAACCUCAACAAGAGCCCUGCUGCUCCCCCGUCGCCUGCCUCCUUGCCUCCCGCCGGCAGCAGCGGCAGCAGCGGCAGCCGCCUUUCCUCGGACGAGGUGACCGCCAACUUUUUCCGCGCGUUGCUGCAGCAGCUCCGGCGCCCGCUCCACACCCCGGCGGGUCCCGCGGAGCGCGGCGCCGAGAGCGCCCUCGGUGGCCGCCAGGAGGCACCGGAGAGGCGGAGGCGGUCCGAGGAACCUCCCAUCUCGCUGGAUCUCACCUUCCACCUCCUCCGAGAAGUCUUGGAAAUGGCCAGGGCCGAGCAGUUAGCGCAGCAAGCCCACAGCAACAGGAAACUGAUGGAGAUUAUUGGGAAAUGAAACGGCGCGUUUGGCCCCAAAUUCUGCAUUUAGCACAAAAAUAAUAAAAAAAGAUUUAAAAAUACAAUACUACAGUAUUCUGUACCAUAGCAUUGCUCUGAUACCAUCUGUUUAUUUUUAUAUAGCUUGAAACAUGGAAGAUGUCCAGCAAGAGCGCCUAUGCCCCUUAAUUAGCAUGCACAAAGUGUACUCACGUGCUGUAACAGCAGCACAAUGUUAUUUGUAUUGUCUACUUUUAGUUUCCAUUUCCAGGUGUCUUUAAGGGUGUUUUAAAGAGAGUAUAGACCCAAGAGGAAACCUUUGGAAGAAGCAGUCUCAAGUCACCCAAUUGACUUUGUUGUGGUCUGAGCCGAAGAGAAUGUCAUUCUUUUCGGUGGGUGAGACAAAAUCUGUAAGCUCUUUGAAUCAACUUUUCCUGUAAAUGUUUCAGUAAUAAAACCUCUUUCCAAUCCUUGGUCAA